GACGAGGCCUUGCGAGAGAUUUUCCUGGCCAUCGAUCGAGAUCGCAAUGGUAGGAUUGAUGCCAAGGAGAUUCAAUCCACCCUGCUGGACGUGGGGCUGGUGGCAUCAGACGAGGAGGUAGCGUCAGUGACUGCAGAAUGGGACAAGAACAAGGAUGGGACCAUCGACUUCGAGGAGUUC